CUGUGCCCCGCGCGUUCCACUCUUCCCGGCCCCACUUUGCUCGGUUCGUGUUCUGGACCCUCUGAUCAGGGGCCGGGGCUGAGACCCCCUGCUUCCCUGGGACCCCCCGCCUUCGUUCAGCUCUCGCUCGGGACCAUGACCUCUGAGGUGGCGCGGCACCUGCUCUUUCAGUCUCACAUGCCAACAAAAACAACCUGUCUGUCCUCACAAGUAUCUGAUGAUGAACAGAAACAAAAAAAAGAAAAUAUUCGUUCUUUAACUAUGUCUGGCCAUGUUGGUUUUGAGAGUUUGCCCGAUCAGCUGGUCAAUAGAUCCAUUCAGCAAGGCUUCUGUUUUAAUAUUCUCUGUGUGGGGGAGACUGGAAUUGGAAAAUCAACUCUGAUUGACACAUUGUUUAAUACUAAUUUUGAAGACCAUGAAUCCUCACAUUUUUACCCACAUGUUAAACUUAAAGCUCAGACAUAUGAACUCCAUGAAAGUAAUGUUCAAUUGAAAUUGACCAUUGUGAAUACAGUGGGAUUUGGUGACCAAAUAAACAAAGAAGAGAGCUACCAACCAAUAGUUGACUACAUAGAUGCUCAGUUUGAGGCCUAUCUCCAAGAGGAGCUGAAGAUCAAGCGCUCUCUCUUUAGUUACCAUGAUUCUCGCAUCCACGUGUGUCUCUACUUCAUCUCCCCGACAGGUCACUCUCUGAAGACACUAGAUCUCUUAACAAUGAAGAGCCUUGACAGCAAGGUGAACAUUAUACCAGUGAUUGCCAAAGCAGAUGCAAUUUCUAAAGCUGAAUUACAGAAGUUUAAGAUCAAGCUCAUGAGUGAAUUGGUUAGCAGCGGUGUCCAGAUAUAUCAGUUUCCAACAGACGAUGAAACUAUUGCUAAAAUCAAUGCUUCAAUGAAUGGACAUUUGCCAUUUGCUGUUGUAGGAAGUAUGGAUGAGGUAAAAGUUGGAAAUAAGAUGGUCAAAGCUCGCCAGUACCCGUGGGGUGUUGUACAAGUGGAAAAUGAAAACCACUGUGAUUUUGUAAAGCUCCGGGAAAUGCUCAUUUGUACAAACAUGGAAGAUCUGCGAGAACAGACCCACACUAGGCAUUAUGAACUUUACAGGCGUUGCAAACUGGAGGAAAUGGGCUUUACAGAUGUGGGCCCAGAGAAUAAGCCGCUCAGUCUUCAAGAGACCUAUGAAGCUAAAAGACAUGAAUUUUAUGGAGAACGUCAGAGGAAGGAAGAAGAAAUGAAGCAGAUGUUUGUGCAGCGAGUAAAGGAGAAAGAAGCCAUAUUGAAAGAAGCUGAAAGAGAGCUACAGGCCAAAUUUGAGCACCUUAAAAGAGUUCACCAAGAAGAGAGAAUGAAGCUUGAAGAGAAAAGAAGACUCUUGGAAGAAGAAAUAAUAGCUUUUUCAAAAAAGAAAGCUACCUCGGAGAUAUACCAGAACCAGUCCUACCUGGCAUCAGGCAGCAACCUGAAGAAGGACAAGGACCGUAAGAAGGAACCAGGCUAUCGAUUCGAACUCCUGUGCUUUGAUGUCAGAGCUUGUGAAACCAAUGGUGGACGUAAAGAUGCAGAGGAAGCUCCAAUUUUAUGUAAAACAAAGGUUCCAGAUCACAGAAGGUCAUCACAAGCAAAAGUUAUUAAAAUGUUAGAAGUAUGCUUUGAUUUUCUUGCUGUUUUUAUUUGCUGUAUCAGUUAUUCUAUAUCUGGCAAAUGGCUGUAGUUAUUGCCAUUUAUGGAAGAUAUUCUUAAGUAUAAGGUUAAUGCGUAAACCACAGUGGAUGAUAUCACUUUUAUAUUCGCUGUUAGAAGUUUUCAAGUUGCUGGUUUGUGAGGAAUCUAAAUCAUUUCUCCUGUUGCCCAUUUAUUGUCACUUACAUGCAUUGUACCACAAAGCGUCAGUGCCGCUGAAAAUACAGAAGUCAUUCAUUGUAUGGUUAUCUGAUUGUAUUUAUAUUCCAAGAUGAACUCCUUUUUUGUACAUAAUAAAAGUAAAUUUUGGGAAAUGUGUUUUAAAACGUAUUACCCACCUGAAGCUCUAACCUCUUGAUAGUUUUAUAGAACUUCUUAAUUUUUGAUAUCAUUAUCCAGUUGGUAACAUGAUCCUAAGAUUUGUAUCAAAUUAUGUAACAUGGCCUUCCAUCCUUUAGUGUGCCUUACUGUGGUUGAUGUAUUGUUGUGAUGAAACAAGUUGUGUUUUAAGGUAAAAAUAUGUAGGUAUAAAUCCCUUUUCUAGUGAUGAGUACCUUUGAACCUGAGGUAUUGCCACUGUAUUUCAUUAGAAUGUUUUACAUACUUGUUGUUUAAAACUCUCUUCCAGGGGAAAAAUCAUAAGGUAGAAUCAUCUUAUUACAAAUAUUUUUUAAGACCAUAAUUGUGAGCAACUGAAUAUUAAAGAUAUGAAAACUUAGGUAAUUCAUAUAUAAGGGGAUAUUUGGAUUCAGUGCCUUUGUAGUAUUCUUAGGACAAUUUAAUGUCUUUUAACUUUUUCUUAACAGUCACUGGUAUAUAAUUUUUCA